AGCGUAGCGCUACCUGAGAGACAAGCUCAGGAUUCAUACAUUCGCAUACUGGUGGACUUGCCUCUGAUUUGUUUACGCAGCUAAAGUUGACAGGCAGCUCGGUCAAAGUGUGUCAGGCCUGCUACCUCUGUUAGCCACACGAGUAACAAGAAGCGACAGUGGAGAGUCAAACUCUGAGCCAGUAAUGCAUUGAGGCAGCGAUGGAGACCACAGAGCAUGCCACCGAGGGCGACCCCCUGAAGAGGGGCGAAGAUGGGGCAGAGACGGGGACGGCACAGACGGCGACAGAGCUGAAGAAGAAGAAGAGCUGUAAGGACGGCUUGAAUUUUUCCAAGCUGACCCACUGGCGAACCGCAGUCUUCUUUCUGUCCUUGUUCAUCUGCCUCACCAUCGUGUUUGCCUUCUCCUUCAUCCUCCCCUGUCCUGUGAGACCACAGUAUCUUGUUAUGUGGAACAGGACUUUCUCUGAAUCGGCAACCUAUGACUUCUUAGCUAUCGAGCAUGCAAACGACGACAAGGUGAUGGAUGUCGUGUUCGUCCUCAAAAACAUAGAAGGCACUCAGACCAAAUCGUGUGCUGAUGCAGGUCUGUCUGCACCAUGUGUGUUUGUGUUGGCUGUGGACGGCACAGAUGGAGAGACGCUGUGGGAGAGUCCGCUGGAACGCGAGUUCCACUGGGCUCAAUGUGGUUUGACCAAAGAAACAGGGAGGACCUGGGACUGCCUGCUGUCCCAUUCUGACAAACUCACAGCCAUGGACAAACACAACGGUCAAGUCGUUUGGCAGCAUCCUCAGCCCACUGGUCUGCACAGCUCAGUGCCUGUCCUCAGUGUCCCUGAUCUGGAUGGAGACAAGGUCGGUGAUGUGGCUCUGGUGGCAACUGACAGCACACAGACUCAGCUGGUUUUGCUCUCAGGAAAAACGGGCGACCAGAUCGGUUCCACGGUAGUUCUUGACUCCACGCAGACAGCCAAUCAUCUUCUCCACUGCACUGCAAAAGGUUCUCACUACGUACUACUGCAAAAAGAUGCUGGCUUGUAUGGACUGGCUCUGUGGAGGAUCGCUGCCAAGGCUAAACCAGGGAUGGAGGCAGGCCUCAAGCAGGACAAAGUCUGGGAGAAGAAUGCCAGUGCCACAUCUGGCCUUGUACCCAUCUACCAGUCUGAGGCAGUGAGUCGAGUGCUCAGAAAAGAAGAAGCAGAUGAUUCAUCGAACCUGCUGGUUGUGACCGACAAAGAGGUGGCGUUAGUUGAUGGACAAACGUUGCAGCUACUGUGGAGAGUGAAUACCAGCACGAUCCUCAGUGAGCCCUCCUUUGGUCACUUUAACAAAGAUGAAAUACUUGAUAUUGUGGUUGAAGAGGACAUUGGCAACUACACAAAGAGGGUAAUGAUUCUGGAUGGGAAGUCUGGUGGCGUGCUGUGGAAAGUCAACCUUUUGGCCAGUCCGAAUUCACCAAGACCCGCCUCAAUACACACCACCAACUUCUUCUCAGUGUUCAUGCUCUGGGGCAUGAUGCCCUCAGAGUUCAACUCAACUAUACCGUUAGCAGGCGACCGCCGCUCCUACAUGCUGCAUCCUCUCUAUUCUAAAGUUCUCCUCGAGUCUACUAAUGUCAUGGACCACAUCAUAACAUUCAAAGCUACGCUGAUGGAGCGUGGACGCCAUGCUGCCUACAUCCUGCUGACGGGUCCGGUGAUGGAGGGAGCUGAGGGCACCGUGGUCCUCAGCAAGCGGAAGCUGAAGCAGGACGUCCCUGACAGCAAAGUGCUCCGCUUUGGCACCGGCGGGAGCUCAGAGUCCAACGAGGACAUCAAAGAGGCCUUCAACCGACUCCGCUUCAGCGAUUGGUGAAAAGACCAACUGUAACAUCUUAAAACCAUUUUGACUUCCAAAAAAAAAAAAAAAGAAGUAUGUAUACUAGUUCUGACUUUCCAACUGCUGACCACCAAAGAAAUUCCUUUGGGUUUAGUGAACUUUAGGACAGAGUUUUUCCAUAAUUUUUCCUUGGACAAACUGGGCAUUAUCUGUCUUCACUGCAUAUAUACUAUCAAAGGUUUAUCCAGUGUCCAAAGAGCUACUGUUUGCUGACAAUCACUCCGCACAUAUUGCUGUUCUCCUGCUGAUGAAUCCAUCAAACUUGCCUUGCUGUGUUGUGUCUGGCACUUUCAUGCAUCAAUGCAAAGUUGUUGUUUUUUUUUUUGUUUUAAAUUGCAGAUGCUGGAUUAUUAUUUGAAUCUAUGCAAGUGUAUUCCUGCCAGUGCUUUAAGGGUAGCAGACGCAGACCACUCCAGUGGCUACAUCCUGAGUAUUUGAAAUCAAAGUCGCCUUAAAGAAACGGUUUCACUGUGAUAGGGGUUAGUUUGGGUAGAUUUGACACGUACUCAUUGAAACUUGAAAAACAGCAGAAAGCCCAUGAACCUUAAGGUAAACACUAUGCGAUGACAUUCUUCGUUACGUAUCCUGUUCAUGAUAGUAUCAGUAAGGCAGUCUUGUCAAUGGUACUGUACAUGUCUGUUACUUACUCAAUCCAAGAUGUAACUUGUGAUAUUCUUCAGCGCACACUGACUAAACCUUCACUCAAUGCUGAGUUUCAAUGGUUCAUAUAAUACUGAGUCAUUGCUGUGGGUUUACAGCUCCUAGAAAGCAGUUUGUUUGUUUUUUUCUCAGUGAUUUCUAUUAGAUAAAUAAGUGAACAUGAGGGUCUUGUUUUUUCUAAACAUUAAUAUAUUGAACCUGUGGAGCAGGCCUUUAAUGGAGCUGACUUUUCUUUCUGACUUGUACUGAAAUGUUUGAAUUUGAGUUAUAUUAAACAUUUUUAAAAUAA